AUGCCAGUCAGCGAUGAAAUGUUACUGAAGAAGGCGAAAGAGGUUAUGAAACAUGCAUAUUGUCCCUACAGCAAAUUUCCUGUUGGUGCAGCGAUUCUGACAGAUGACGACACUAUUAUCGUAGGCGUGAAUUGCGAAAACGCUUCUUAUGGUGGAACAAUAUGUGCGGAAAGGAAUGCUAUGACAACUGCACUCGCACAAGGAUACCGCAAGUUCAAAGCAAUUGCUGUUGCGACAGAGUUAGAAAAGCCGGGAAGUCCUUGCGGUAUCUGUCGGCAAUUCCUCAUCGAAUUUGGUAAUUAUAGGGUAAUCCUUGGUUCAUCAACAAGUGAUAACGUCAUGAAGAUCACUACGGCAGAGCUACUUCCUCAUGCCUUUACCCCUGCAGCGCUUGACGAUCAUGCAGUGGAAACUGGAAAAGGCAAGAAAUACCAAUACAGCAAAUUAUCUGUUGGUGCUGCGAUUCUGACAUACGACGACGACAACACGAGACAACCAAGUCCAUCAUCCUUCUGUUAUCGAUAA